GCAUUACCUCCCACUUCCAUCUUCAGCCAGCAAAAGGCGCACACAAUCGCGUCAAAAUUGACUCGAAUUGACAGUUACUACGUCGGCAUAGGUCCGGGCGUCGAGGGGACUCGUGUUCAAUCGAUCAAGAAGAAGACAAAUCUCAUUUCGGCACACCCCAACCCAAACCUCCCCGCCGUAUUCUUGCCAUGCCUCACCCCCGCCCGUCAAUUCCUCGAAACCGUCAUCAUCGCAUCCUCCGAAGACCCCAAAUCAGAAGAUCUCCAAGACCUGAUCUGGAUGAAGGAUAAUUUGAGGAUGGAUAUCAUGAGCGAUCCGACGACGCUCAAAAAGACGUGGGAGGAGGGACGCGUCGGCAAGUUGAUUGAUACGUGGCCCGUGUUGAAAGAGGUGUUUGUCGAUUUGGGACUCGUCAUUGUUAACGAGGAUUUCUCGUUGAGGUCGGCGGUCUCGACGA